GGCAGGUGCCAGAGCCGCCCGGUGCCGCCCGGUGCUUCCCGGUGCCGCCCGGUGCCUCCCGGUGCCCGCGCUCCCCGCCGCGCCCCGCGCCGCUCUGGACCACCGCGCCCCAUGCCGCCCCCGGCGCCCUGACCGCGGCGGACACGAUGCGAGCCCAAAUCGAGGUGAUCCCGUGCAAGAUCUGCGGAGACAAGUCCUCGGGGAUCCACUACGGUGUCAUCACCUGCGAGGGCUGCAAGGGUUUUUUCCGGAGGAGCCAGCAGAACAACGCCAGCUACUCCUGCUCCCGGCAGAGGAACUGCCUGAUCGACCGCACCAACCGCAACCGCUGCCAGCACUGCCGCCUGCAGAAAUGCCUGGCGCUGGGCAUGUCCCGCGACGCGGUGAAGUUCGGCCGCAUGUCCAAGAAGCAGCGGGACAGCCUCUACGCCGAGGUGCAGAAGCACCAGCAGAGCCAGGAGCAGAGCGGGGGCACCAAGGAUGAGCCCGAGCCCCUGAGCCGCGUCUACACCACGAGCGUGAGCAGCGGGCUCUCGGACCUGGACGACAUCUCCACGCUGUCCGACGGGCUGCUCUUCGACUUCCCCCUCACCCCCGACGGCAGCAGCACCUACUACAACCUGGACCUGCUGGCCUCGGCACAGCCCUCGCCCGACCAGUCCAGCCUGGACGUGGCCGAUGCCACGCUCAUCAAGCAGGAGUCCAUCUACGAGCUGAUGCUGGAGCCGGCCCUGUUCUCCCACGGGGCGCUGGAGGGGGGGCAGCUGCCCCCCGACAUCUCCGUGCUCGAGAUCGACCGGGUGGCCCAGAACGUGGUGAAGUCCCACCUGGAGACGUGCCAGUACACAACAGAGGAGCUCAAGCGCCUGGCCUGGAGCCUCUACUCCCCCGAGGAGGUCCGAGCCCUGCAGAGCAAGAGCUGCGAGGCCAUGUGGCAGCAGUGCUCGCUGCAGAUCUCCAACGCCAUCCAGUACGUGGUGGAGUUCGCCAAGCGCAUCGACGGCUUCAUGGAGCUCUGCCAGAACGACCAGAUCAUCCUCCUGAAAGCCGGUUGCCUCGAGGUGCUCCUGAUCCGCAUGAUCCGCGCGUUCAACCCCCUGAACAACACCGUGCUCUUCGAGGGCAAGUUCGGCGGGAUGCAGAUGUUCAAGUCGCUUGGCUGUGACGAUCUCAUCGGAGCCAUCUUCGAGCUGGGGAGGACCCUGUGCCGCCUGCAGCUCUCGGACGAGGAGCUCGCCCUGUUCACGGCCGCCGUCCUGCUGUCCCCAGAUCGCCCCUGGCUGACCGAGUCCAAGAAGGUGCAGAAGCUCCAGGACAAGAUCUACGUGGCCCUGCAGCACGAGAUCCAGAAGAAACACUCCGCCGAGGACAAGCUCUCGAAGAUGGUUUCCAAGCUGCCCUUGAUGAAGACCAUUUGCAACCUGCACUUGGACAAGCUGGAAUUUUUCCGUCUCCUGCACCCGGAGACCGCCAUGAACUUCCCCCCCCUGUACAAGGAGGUUUUCAACUCGGAGCUCCAGUACAGCGACCCUCGGGAGAGCUAAGGCUGGGAGCCACCUCGAGGCCCUUCGAGCCCCCCCAGAAUUUGGAGACGAACUGCACUUCAGAGGUUUGGGGCAGUUUAUUUAAAUCCAGUCAAUCAAACUCAAGAGAAGCCCCCGGGGGGGGUAGGGGGGGCUGUGGGGUGCCCCCAGCCCCGCCGUGGAUUGCAAUAGCUCUUGAAUGUAAAGCACCUUGAAGGAAAAAGCAAAACGGACUUUGCCAUACCAGUGAAAUGAAUGUGAAAUCCCUGCUGGGGAGGGGAGAUGCUCCUGGCAGCCCUGCUGUCCUGGCUGCACUCUCCACCUCUGAUUUUUUUUUUUUAAUUAUUGUUUUUAUUUUGUUUGUCGGUUUUUGGGUUUUGUGGUUUUUUUUUUUUUUUUACCCAAACACAAGGCACGGGAUAAAGAAAGGGGCGAGGCUGACUCGGCUGGGUGGGGUGGGCUGGAGCUGAGGAGAGUUAAAAGGGUAGAGCCUGUGGUUUAUUCCUUCUCCCAGGGGUGCAGCGAGCCCACGGGAGCUUGGCCAAGAAAGACCUGGCUGUGGCUGGGGGGGGAUUCAGCCCGAGGUUUUCCCAUGGAAGAGGCUGGAAAGGACUCCCAGCACGACGGGGAAGAAGCUUUGCAGGGUCCCCGUGUCCUCCAUCACAGCAUUUUCCCAAAUGCCCGGCCAGCUCCCCACCCAGCUGGGCUUUCCAGAGCUGACUUGGCAGGUCCACCUGCCUCGUGCCCCCUUUCCACACCCCCAGUGCUCUCCCAAGCCCGUGUGGCUGCAGCCAGGGCCCUGCUCCAGCUGCUCCACCCCGGAGGCGCCAGGGCUGUCCCUUGUCCCCAGAGUGGUGGCUCUCUGGGUGCUGGAGUUGUCUCAUGGAGCCCGUUAAGAAUGUCCCCUGGUGGCUCAGCACCCAGAGGAGGGUUUGAGGCCCUUCCUGCACCCACCCUGACCCCGCUGCCGGGUCCCCCCUCCCCACGCCGGCACUGCCGGGAGCACAGACCUGGCUGCUCUUGCAGACUGAGCUGGACCCAGGCUCUUCCCCACAAGGAGCUCCUCAGAACUGUUAUUUUGGGGGUUGUUCUCCAUUUAGCAGGAUUUAGGAGCUUUUUAGGGGGAGAAACUGCCUGCUGGGGCCAAGGGGAAGCGAAAGGUCCUUCUUCCUCCCCUUCGAGGAACAAGGGUGAUGGGAAGGAGUGCGGUGAGGUUGGGACUUGCAGCUCCAAGCUUGGAACGCUCAGAAGGGGACAAAGGGAAGGAUUUGUGGGGUGAUGCUGCUGUGGUCCUCGGCAGUGGGAGCACCUGAGAGACUCUGUGGCUCUGCAGAUGGGUUUUUUUCCGUCCCCGUUCCUGCUCCUCCUGCAGCAAAUGCCAAAAAACUACAAGGGAAAAACCUGCUGCGAGGCAGCCCCGGUUUCUGCUGACAAAGGGCUAAAACCCCGAGCCCCUUCCUGCUUCGUGUCGAUUCCUCGUGCUCCCAACCCCCUCCUGCAGCCGUCUGGGCCAUCUCUGAGCGGGAGCCGAAGACCUUCAGCUCCACAGCCGCACCCCUGGGACUCAAGGAGCAGCUCUCUCAGCACUGUCAGGGACGUUCGUGCUUUUGGGUGAAAGUCCUCCCAGGGAAGAGCACGGGCCCACCUGGACCAGGGGAGACUCACCAGUGGCACUUCUGCUUCGGUCUCAGGCAGAGGGAAACGCGGGGGCUGUGCUGGGUUUUGAGAACCGCAUCCAAACUGCUCCUUGGGGGGGAGAUCAGAGCCCUCUCCGACGGCGCUGGAGCCCAGGGGUGCUGGAAAGGCUGCCAACCCUCCAGCCCCACGUGAGUGCCAAUGCGUCGUCCCCAACAGGGGACGUGCCCCGCUGGUUUCCCGCCCUCUCAGCUUCUCAGGCUUUGACAGAAGUGAGAAGUCAGCGCUGCCUUUUACAUCCAGAGGGGUUGUGCCUUUUUUUUUUUUCCUUUUUUUUCUUUUUUUUUGGAGAGGGGCAGCAUCAGCACCUCUCUCUUCCCCGGGGGAAAAAGCGCCCUACGGAGAUGACUUCAUGCUCGAGCCGUGGUGGGACAGCAGCGCUGCCUUUCCCAGAGGGACACAGGGUUGUUCCUCCCUGGGGAGGAAGGAAGAGAGGGGAAAAAAAAAGAAAAAAAAAAGAAAAAAGAGAGCACAGCCAACCUCGUUUUUCAGCCUCAGCUCGACGCCACCGAUUUCACUUCACCCGGCAAAGAACCCAAGGAAGCACCUUAAACUCGGGGACAGCCCCUGCCGCCCGCCGUGGCUUUUCCCUGGCUUGGGGCACGGGGAGUCCGCCUCGUGGGAGGGGUUUUUGGGAUCCUGAGCAAUAAAAAAAAGCCCCCCACUCCCCCACUGUGGGAACCUAGGGAAGACUGGAAGUGUUAAGACACGUGUGACUCGACCUGCCAAACCGCGGGGAACCUGCACUUUCUCCGUUCUCUUCGACGGAACCGACUUUGAUUUGCUGAUUUCUCGGGAGGGGAUAAAGUGAUUCCGCGUCGAUUCGGUGAUUUCUUCUGGGCCUGGGGCGGGAGGGAUGGGAAGGGCCGUGCCGGGGUCCCUCACGCCCCGUGGGGGCCUCCAGGAGCAUCGAGGGAAAGGGCAAGCAGCAAAAACCUGGGUGGAAAACGCCUGAAAAAGGGAGAUUUCCCCUCUCCCUGUGCCAGGGCUGUGUGUGCCCACUGGGGAUGAUGCCCGGGAGACCCCCCCGCAGAUUGCUCCGAACGCUCCGUCCUCGGCGUCUUGGAGACGUUUCCCAACCUUCCAGCCGUGGGAUGUUCGGCCGCUCUCCCUUCCAAGAGCCCUGGGAAGCCUCUCACGGAGAUGGUUCUUGUCCAGACCAAGAUUAAUUUUCGUGUUUGUUUGUUUGCUCUGCCAGUUUAGCUGAGUGUCCAUUUCCACCCGCAGAACCCUCACACUGUGUAUAAAACAAAAAAAAAAAAAAAAAGGAUCAAAAAUAUAUAUAAUAUAUAUUCUUGUGAAUGUUGGUGCAAAAGAGAAAAAUAUAUAAAGUUUCGGUCGGUUUUAUGUUAUUUUUUAUCUCUUAUGAAUGAAAGGAAGGAAUGGAAAACCUUUUCUUUCCAUUUACCACCCUCCACACACACCUACCUGUAGAUACCAACAGGUUUCAUGGAAAUGUUUUACUUUUUAGAUUUAGGAAAAUGCUUCUGUUCUCAUUGAAUGUUCUGUCUUGUAAGAUUGUAAUUUCUAUUUUUUUAAAAAGAAAAGAAAAUAACUAAAUAAAAUUUCCUCUUUCGGACCAGUCAGCUUAGGAAGGGAGGGCAGGGGAGGGAGAAACUUUUAUUUAAGGACAAAACUCGUUGUCUGAAUUUUUCAUGACAUUAAAUAAAAAGUAAUAUAAUGUAUGGAUGAAAACCUUUUUAUUGAGGCGUGUUCUAUAGGUACGUAGAUGUGUAUUGCACAAAGUUUGCAGGAGGAAAAAUAAAGUCUGUUUUUGCAAGGUAAAAAAAAAAAAAAUUAAUAAUGUUGGAAAAGGUGAUUUUAAAUUUUAGCAAAGGGUG